AAAAGAGAGGGGAGAGAGGGACCGACCAGCGGCCGUCGGCCGAUGCGGAGACCAGCGACUGUAUUCGAUACUUUAGAUUCUACAAACUUUAAUUAUUUCGCCCCUCGAUAUUCCAGAAAUAUAUCGAUAUGAAUGAAUAAUGUUUCGAUACUUUCAGCCUUUCCUUGUAACUUGAAAUUGAAAAUAAACAACUGGGCUACUUAAUGCAGGUCUGGUAAGGAUUAGGAUUGAUCCAACUGGCACUGAGACUGUUGUAUUUGAGCCUGUACUACUUAACAGCGCACGUUGAAUUGGCCGAGACGAAAAGGAUGUGGUUAGAUGCUUAGAGAGUAUGUCUAGGAAACGUAGCGGUUCUCGUGGCAAUCAUUCCAGCAUGUGGAAAAAAAGCGCCGGAUUGUCAGAGGAGGACAAGGAGGAAAUUGACUCUCUCUUCAACAAAAAGUUUAAAUACAGUGACGUUUUAAAAAGUUUGUCGCCAGAACAGGGAAAAGUGGAUGAGGUGACGAGGUCAGGAGAUGGUUCUAUCUCUGUGGAGGACUUUCUGGGAGGUGAACUCAAGUUUCACAAAGAAACUCGCAGAGAUGACAAACUGAUGCGGUUGAAAGAAGACUUGAACGGUGUGAAGGACCAGCUGAGCGGCAAAGACAUCGAGACCUGGCACAAACACACCACGGACUGUAACUUGGCCGGGAAAAUCUUGCCGCACGUCAAGUUCACGGGAUCAAGCCGGCUACCAGCAAAAGUGGGAACUCAGAAAUGUAUUUGGUGUGCAAAGGCUACCGGAAAAACGUGACAUGGAAAACUUUGUGGGAUAUAGCCCAGGCCACAGUGUACAGCCCAGAGGACCUGUUCCUGGAGGUGCCCCACAUCCCGGAUGCCUUCCUCCGAGAGCACCGGCUGUGCUGCGAGGCCUUCGCCCGCUGGCAGACGGGCACCAUGUGUCGCAACAUGGACCUCUACGUCGCCAUGACGACGGCCGCCAGGAACAAACUUCAGCUGCAGCAGGAAGUUGCUCUCGAGACGUUCGUUAAGCUCACGGGAAUCCGAUAUCAGAAACAUCUGUUGAGAGUGGGAGUUCCGUGGAGGGAGGUGAGUUGUGUGGAGGGAGGCGAGUUGUGUGGAGGGAGGCGAGUUGUGUGGAGGGAGGCGAGUUGUGUGGAGGGAGGCGAGUUGUGUGGAGGGAGGCGAGUUGUGUGGAGGGAGGCGAGUUGUGUGGAGGGAGGCGAGUUGUGUGGAGGGAGAUAUGGGUUGCGAGGCAGAGAGCUUUUCUCCACUGUUGGGAAGACGAUGUUUCAAGGCGGCGGCACGUUCGGAACUUUCAUGGGCAUUGGCACCGGCAUAAGAUGUUGA